UCUUUUCUAAACGUGGCGUGGCCCGGCCACGUCCACUCGACUCUCUCGGGCACGCAAUUUGGCUUCACCUUCGCGUGAGAAAGAGAGGGAGAGAGCCUUUGACGGCCCCGUGCUGACCUGCCGCUUGUUAUAAUCCAUCCUUCCUUCCUCUCCCUUCCUUGACCUUCGGCUGCGAGAAGAAGACAUGGCGAAGGAGGAGGCGCCGCACGUGGAGCGGCUGCCGGCGGACCUCCUGGCGCACGUGCUCUCCCUCCUCCCCUCCUUCCACGACCUCGCCAUGGCCGGGGGAGUCAGCCAGCGGUGGCACCAGGCGGUGGGCCGGUCGCUGUCCUCGCGCCGCCGCCUCAGCUUCGCGGGGCAGCGCACCGGCGACGACUUCACCGCCCGCCUCGUCCGCGCCGCCGUCAACCUCCGCGACCUCGACAUUUCACGAAGCUGCUGGGGUUGCCAGAUCACGGACCAAGGCUUGCUCAAGCUCUCCUCCGCCACCUGCGUCCCCAACCUCACCUCCAUCUCGCUCUGGGGACUCGCCAGGAUCACCGACAAGGGCGUUGUUCAUCUGAUUUCAAGAGCCCGUUCUUUACAGCACCUGAACAUUGGUGGCACAUUCAUCACAGAUGAAUCACUCUAUGCAGUUGCAAACAGUUGUGCAAACCUGAAGAGCAUCAUCGUGUGGAGCUGCCGGCACGUGACGGAGGCCGGGCUGGUGGCGGUGGUUCGCCGGUGCCCGGAGCUGGAGUGCAUAAACGUGGGCGGAAUGCGGGUGUCGCCAGAGAGCUUCGCCGGCCUGGUCUCCAUCAGCCCCUCCCUUCGGAUCAGGUCCAUCCCGCAGAUCCUCAACGCCGACGUGCUGCAGGUCUCCUGACUGAUGGAACAACCCAUGCUACUCUUCUGUUCUUGAUUGCCUGAUUGGGCACAAUCCUCUCUGGAGACAUAUACGGGAUUGUGUGUUGUGCAUAUGUUCUUGAUUCUUAUUGUGUUGUGCAUAUGUUGGCUUGUAUACAUGUUACAAAGAAUAACAGGCGUAAAGAUAGACAUAUAUACUCUGCAAAAUGAACCGGACUGUCCAAGAAGCUGGAUGUUGUACAGUUACAUAAUUGCAUAAAGUGCUAUCAAUUUUUUUUUCAAUUA